AUAUAACAAAGUUCAAAGGAUUAUUUAUAAUCGCGAGUGAUAAUAAACCGGUUACCGUCCGGCGUCCAGACUUUUUGUACUUCUCGCGGGGCUAGCGGAUGCUACUUUAUCCUUGCAAGGCUAAUUCCCUCAGUUGCAGCGAUGGCGGCAACAACGUCCUUGCAGAACGCCACUGCCCGGAGGUUUCUUCAAAGUUAGCAAUCUCGCCUGUUGAGUUUUCAGAAAUGUUUCACAUGUAAGCAAUGUUGUCAGUUGAUAUUCAUCUAUGCUGAACGGCUUUUUGCAACAUCCCUGAAUAACCGCAUUUAUCCUCUACAUAGCCUGCAGGCCCUGUAGGUAAUCGAAUAUCCUAAUCGAAAUUGGCCUGAUAAAAUGCUCAGUGCGCCCAUGGUUCACAGCUUCGCGUCCAUGGGCUGAUUUUGCUAGUCAAAGGCGAGACCCCACGAUCCGGCGGCGACUGUAAGCGGGUCGCGCAUUCCGGGCUCCUCCAUAAUCCAUACAAGAACACCCUCAAAUGCGCGAUGGUGACAGCACUCCUUUCGAGAUCGCGCUGUGUUUGAAAGAUUUUUCCAAGUUCCACGUGCAUAACCGUCGCGUGUCGACGAUAUCGGGUUGAACGCUCGAGAUGUGCUCUCCCCAUGUGGAUGAUUUCUCGAGGCCAUAAGCUUUAAAAGAGUCCCGCCAACUUGGAGGACUUAGUUCACCCUUCCUUCGCACUAGCCCAGCUUACCUUAGCCCUGCCAUAAAUUUUUAUCGUGAAACUGUCAUAGAAUUGUCUUAUCGGUUACUGCUCCGAACAGCGCACUAAUUCCUUGCAUCCACGAUAACUUGCAAUCUUUCAUACCUCUGUUGCCGCUCCUCCAGCACCUGCCCAACGCAGCGCACGGAGAACAGUAUCCGGGGUAGUUCUUUUGCGGAGAACGAGACACGGAGCUUGCACUCUGAAUCCGUGGGGAAUCUCUGUACUCCGAGUAAAAGAGCAUUCUAUUAUCAAAUCUCAAGCGUCGAGGAACACCUUCGCCAGAUAACCUGGCCGCCAUCUGCUCAAGCUCCCCCUUUAGGAUUAGCUCGAAUGUGCUUUCUUUUGCCUCAGGCCAAUGAGCAGUCCCUUGCGACCCGCUCUGGUCUCACGCCGCCACCACGGGCAGGGCUGUAGUUGGUGGUGAUUGGCCAGAGAUGGAAAUCUCCCUCCGAACCUUCCAUGUGUCCCCCAGCUGUAACCUGAAACGGAGCAGUGCACGCAUUCUAUAAACUCUCCUGCUGCUCCUGAUUGUCCAUUCUGCUCACUGUGAAGGGCUUCCUUUCUUCUUUUCUGCCCCGUCUUCUUCCAGAAGCCAGGCCUGUCAAUAUUUUGCAUCUUGUCCUGUAUCAGCUACAGGCAGGCGGUUUGGGAUUUGAGACUCCUCCCGCCACCGGCUUUGGAUCUUAUCAAGUUCCGGACCAAGUUUCCGGGCCCUUUUAAGCUCCCCGCGAACCUGAACCGACCGCGUUUUUGACUUCCACUCUCGCACAAUGGCGACCGAACACCCGGAGAAGAAAGGAGUCGUCGAUGCCGCCUCGACAGAGGAACAGCGCUCCUCCAUGGAAUUGGUCAACGCCUCUGGGCAUCGUCAGGAGCUUCAGCGUAACUACAGUCUGCUGAGUAUCUGUGCUCUCGCCAUCACAACCGGAAACACAUGGAUUGCCCAAGGAGGAAGUGUGGCCGUCGCCCUGUACAAUGGAGGGCCGUCGGGUGUUAUCUAUGAAUUCAUCGCCGUCUCGCUCUGCUACUGGAUGAUAGCUGCUUCGAUCGCUGAACUGGCUUCAGGGAUGCCUUCUGCUGGUGGAGUUUAUCACUGGGCUUCUGUGACUGCUGGAAAGUAUGGUCGUGUCUGUGGAUUUUUCGCCGGCUGGUGGAACUGUUUGGCUUGGGUCCUUGGAGGUGCUUCGGUAUCUGCAAUUUUGGGACAGCAGACGGUUUCCAUGUAUGCGCUGAUGCACCCCGGGUUCGAGUUGAAGGCGUGGCAUGUCUUCAUCAGCUUCAUCAUCUGCACAUGGCUCUGCUGCUCCAUUGUGCUGUUCUUGAAUCGCUUCCUGCCCCAGAUGAACAACAUCGGAGGAUUCUUAAUCUUGUCUGGUGUGCUCAUCACAAUCAUCGUCUGUGCUUGCAUGCCUCAUGUCAAUGGUAUUCCCUAUGCCACUGACGAGGAGGUUUGGCGCACUUGGUCUAAUCAAACCGGAUACUCGAGCAAUGGUUUCGUGUUCGUUGCUGGUAUGCUUAACGGUGCCUACAGUGUCGGAACGCCCGAUUGCUCGACUCAUCUUGCCGAGGAAAUCCCCAAGCCCAGCAGGAACAUUCCCAAGGCUGUCUUGGCUCAGGUGAGCGUCGGUUUCAUCUCGGGUCUGCUCUACAUGAUUGCUUUGUUCUAUGCCGUCCAUGAUAUCCAAGGUGUCUUGGACAGCGCUUUUCCUCUCGCUGAGAUCUACAGACAAGCCAGUGGCUCCAGGGGCGGUGGCCUCGGACUGCUGAUUGUGACCUUCCUUCCUACCGUCAUCAACUGCGCCGGCUGCUAUAUCACCGCCGGUCGCACACUGUGGACCCUCGCCCGUGACCGCGCAACCCCCUUCCCCGACUGGAUCGGCCACAUCAACACCGAGAUGCACAACCCUUUCAACGCCACCCUUAUCUGCGGCGGCGUCAUCACCAUCCUAGCCUGCAUCUACGUCGGCUCUACAACCGCCUUCAACGCCUUCGUCGGCUGCUUCGUGCAGCUGUCCUCACUUUCCUACUUCGCCGCCAUCUUCCCACACGUUCUCAGCCGCCGCUCGUCCUUUGUCCGCGGCUACUUCUGGAUGGGCCCCAUCGGCUACGUGAUCAACGUCCUCAGCUGCAUCUACAUUAUCGCGUUCGUCGUGAUCUUCUGCUUCCCCUUCGCUUUGCCGACAGACGCCGCCUCGAUGAACUACGCUUCGCUAAUGACUGGCGGUCUCACCAUCUUCGUCGCCAUCUGCUGGUUCUUCAAAAUGGGAUCCUAUGAAGGGCCCAAGUUCGUCCCGCUGACCGACCGGGCUCUGGCGGAUGAUGCCAAAUAAACGCCCUCCCAUCUUUCAUUCUUUCGUUCGGUGGAAGCUGGUGGCUUGUACGAAUACGGGUAUAAUACAAAAUCUAGCUUAGUUAUAUACCUGGCUGGCGAUUUAGACCUGAGGUGUUGAAUCUAAAAUCACUUCAGUUGUUACGAUACACUUUAUAUACCUAUUUAUUCGCUGUACGCGAACCUUUAAUGGACCGAUGUCUAUCUUUAUAAUUAAUCAAACUACUCCGACUAUUAGCUGCUUCUUCCUGUUCCAUACUAUGGAUGUCCAUCUCUUGGUCGUUUCUUCCCCGUAUAGUUUAUUACUUGAGUAAGGAACGCGCGACCCAAGGCCUAGAGAUGUGCCUUCCUAAAACAUAACAGGAAGGAGCGAUUGGAGGAGCUGGAUCGUUCCUUCCUUGCUCGAGUAACUGACUAUGUAGGGAAGGAACGGCCAGCACCAUCAACCACGCCUUCCUGUUUUAUAUUAGGAAAGAGUGUCUUCCGGGGUCGUGCCUUCCUUAUAUAACCAACCGAGUAUAAGUAAGGAACGACCCAACGCCCCAAUUCUACCUGCUCCUUCCUAUUCUAUUUUGGGGAGACACGUCUCAUGUAGGUAGUCGCUUCCAUAUAUUCGAUUUAUUUCUAAGAGG